GAGUUAAGCAGCGCUCAGGAAUGCUGGGCCUACUUCCAGUUCCAAAGCAUUACGUAGCAUUUCAUCAGAGGCCUCCUGAAAUACCAGAACAUUUGUCAUGCAUGAGGGAGAGAGUAGAGGGAGGAUGAGAGAAAGGAGAAGGAAGACAAAGAGAGAGGGAGAGACACUCUUUUUGGCCUAAAGGGGAAAGAAAACUUUUUGCUGAUCAUUGUGUUUUAGAGCCUCGUGUAACCUGGCAGUGUCUCUGGAAACAAAUGUUCCAACAUGGACCUACGAUUAACACCGAGAAGCCUUCUGUUUUUCCUCGGACUAUGUGGGAUUUGUACCGGACUUGUACAGGAGAACUGUAAAAACUACGAGCUCCAGUUUGAGAGGGUUUACUCUGUUCCUGGGGAUGUGGCUAUGCUGAAUAGCACCCUGGUGUCUUCAGAGGUCUUCAACUUCACAAGUGUCCCUUACAACAUAACCUGGUAUGACCCAAAGACAAGCCAAGAAAUGAGCAAUCAGACUGGUCGAAUCGUGAUACGCGGGGAGACUCUGUGGUUUCUUAACAUAACACUGGACGAUGCCGGGGAAUAUGUGAGCAUACUGCGAACUCCCACACGGUGCUACAAGCAGGCCACCAAGCUUGUGGUGAAUGAGAGCAUUGCUGGAGAAUGUGGAAGACCAAUGAAAGCACAUCAAACUGUUACAAAGGGAGUCACUGACAAACUUUCCUGCCCUUUGAAGGACUUUAUGAAUAAACUGGACAGCUACAACAUCACUUCCUCCAUCAAGUGGUACAGAGGUUGUGACCCCAUAGUUGACGGGACAGGCAGGUACACCUGCGAUACAACCACACUGUACAUUGCUGAUGUGAAAGCUCAAGACAAUGGCUCCUAUACCUGUACUCUGACCUUCACUCUUGGUGGCACAACAGGAUCCAUUUCAGAGACCAUCCACGCAUCAGUCAAAGAGCAGUACUUUUUGGUUCCACAAGUGCAUGAACCGGCAAAUGACGUAAUCAAGGCUGAAAUAGGAUCCAGUUUCACCAAGCGGUGCCGAGUGUUUGUGCCAGGUGUUGGAGGGAUGGCCGUUGAUAUCUUUUGGUUAGCCAGAAACGAGUUUAUUUUCGAGUACCCUUCUGACCGAGUCCACACGUCAAAACGACGUAAGUGGAGCCAGGAUGUUCCUCAUAAAGGCGUGUGGUUGGAGCGAAUGCUGAUUUUUUCUGAACUGAGGGAGGAGGAUUUCAACGUCAACUACACUUGUCGAGCAUACAGUCCCAGGGGCUUUCCUGAGUGUUAUUUUACUCUGCAGCCAACAGAGCCCAACAUCAUACUUCCCAUUGGAUUGGUGUUUGGUGGCGUGACGCUACUCUUUAUCAUCGGUGUCAUCAUCUACUACCUUUUUAAGGUUGACAUUGUGCUGUUGUUCAGGAGAACAUUUCCAGUCCUCUAUGCAAACAAAGAUUUGGAUGGGAAGCUGUAUGAUGCAUAUGUGGCAUUCCCUCCACCUGGUGCGGUCGGAUACAGUGAUGGAGUGGAGAGCUUUGCCAUUCACGUGCUGCCUGAAGUGCUGGAAAAGGCCUGUGGCUACAAACUCUUUAUAGCAGGCCGUGACUGCCUCCCUGGCCAGGCCGUCAUGGAUUCGGUGGAAGAGAACAUACAAGCCAGUCGUCGCCUUCUUCUCCUCUAUACCGCCUCAACUUUUACCAGUAAAAGACACACGAGCAGCACUAGUAGCACUAAUAACAACAACAUCUCUAAGAACAGCAAUAACAGUGACAGUACUGAAAGUGAGACCAAAGACAGCAGUUUUGAUGGCAUUAAAGAAGACUAUCAAGACACAAGGCAGCAAUUGGAGUGUGUGGCAGCAAUGCACAGAGCGCUGGUGGAGAGAUCUCUCAAGGUGAUUCUGGUUGAGUUGGAGGAGAUAACCCCGGCUCAGCUGGCUCUCUUCCCAGAGUCAGUGCGUCACUUGAGGAAGAAGCAGGGCGCCGUGUGUUGGUGGAAGAGCCUAAAACCGAGGCGAAGGUGGAAGACAUGUACAAGGACGGGAGGGGAUGAAGAGAAGGGUGGAGAGGACACACGGCUGUCGCCACCGCUCUCUCCUUCCUUCAAGUACUGGAAGGAAAUAAGAUAUCAUAUGCCAGUGAGGGGCAAAAGAGCAAUGUACCCUGAGAAAACUGAACUGCUGAACUGAUGAAGGGGUUAUCAUAUGUUUGUUUGGUUAUCAUAUGUAGGUUUCCAAUGCAGAUUUGUCUGGUACUAAAUCCCUUCACACAGAGACAGUUCAGAAUUACUGUGUCAUCAGCUGUCAGAUAUACAUAUCCCUUAGCUUGCAAAAGCAUAUACAGCAUGUGCCGAAGGCAGACGAUGAAGAAAGGGUGCAGGACUCAAGACUCUACAGCAGUAGCUCACAACUCAUCAUCACAGCGUCUGAGCUCUCUGGACAUUGCCUACAUCGGUAGAUGAGCUGUUGACAUUCUCUGGCAGAUGGGGAUUGAAGAAUAAAAAGUGUAAAAUGUA